AUUCUUCUUGAUCAAGCCAAGUCUUCUUCACAAUCUUUUCACAAUUUAUGGGUUAGAUUGAUUUCUCCCUCGUAUUAUUUUCAUCCAACAAGAACUCAAAAAAGAAAAAUAAACCAAUCAAUGGCAUUAAUGGUGAAGAAUCGUCCGUACGAGUACACAAAGAUGGAGAAAGAAGACCCACAAGAGCUAAUUCACAGAAGAGCUCAGUUCCUAAUCCAGAAGGUUUUAGAACGAGCAGAGAACAAGACCAGACAGCAGCAACAGCAGCAGCAGAGGAGGAGAUCAUCAUCUGGACCGUUGGUUAUGAUCCGUGUGGUUGGGAUAAGGAUGAGGAUUGGUAAGAAGCUAAGGAAGCUGAGGAAGAACAACAGUUGUGUCUGCAAUAACUUUAUCUCUCGUGUCCUCAAAUCAUUUAAACGUCUAUUGUGUUCUUCUUCUUCAUCAUCUUCUUCUUCUCGAACUAUCUCUGAUCUUCCUCCUCUCUUCUCUCUACAAGUUUGAUG